AUGUCUUCAACCGUACGUUCUGGUGUUGUCACACUUCUGCAUACAGCAUGUGGGGCAGGGAUUCUAGCAAUGCCAUACGCGUUUAAACCAUUUGGAUUGGUACUGGGAUUCGUGAUGAUCGUGUUUUGCGGUGCGUGUUCAGCAACAGGCUUGCUUCUACAGGGACACGCUUCGAAAUACGCGGGCACUAAUAAUGCAUCUUUCUUUGCACUGUCACAGAUUACCUACCCACAACUGAGUGUUGUGUUCGAUCUGGCAAUCGCGGUCAAGUGUUUCGGUGUUGGUGUGUCCUACAUGGUGGUGGUGGGUGACCUACUUCCGCAAAUUUGCUUGACGUUUACCACAAAUCACCUUUUGUUAGAGAGAAACUUCCAUAUCACAUUGGUGAUGCUCUUUGUGGUGGCCCCGCUAUGUUUUAUGCGGAGACUUGAUUCGCUAAGAUACGCAUCGAUGAUUGCCAUCUCUGCAGUGGCUUAUCUGUGCGUUCUAGUGGUUGUACACUUCCUGUGGCCUUCGCAGGAGAUCCUAGAACUACGCGGGGAUGUGCACCUAUGGAAACCUCAUGACUCGCAUUCCUCCGCUCUCAGCAGUUUCCCCAUAUUCGUGUUUGCCUACACCUGCCACCAUAAUAUGUUUUCAAUUGUUAACGAGCUUAAGGACAAUUCGCUACGAAACAUCUAUAGAGUUGCAAUCACUGCCAUGGCAUUGGCUAUGCUGCUCUACGUCAUGAUUGGGGGUUCCGGCUACGCCACAUUCGGUGACAACGUGGCUGGGAAUAUCAUUACGCUGUACCCACAAGCCACCUCUACCACAAUUGGGAGGGUAGCAAUAGUGAUCCUGGUGAUGCUAGCGUUCCCCCUUCAGUGCCACCCUGCAAGAGCCUCCAUUAACCAUAUUUUUCACUAUUUCACAUUCACACCAGAUUCCGUUGAAACUCCAUCCGUGUCAAGUGCCCCCACAAACAAGUCUACUCCAAGGGGAAGCAGCGAAAAUUCCCAUUUACUCACAAUACCUACUGAUGAGCUGGUAGAGGAGGGCAGCCCUCAACAGCCUAGCGUCGUGCCAUUAGAACGCCGUGCCUUUAUACUGAUCACAUCCGGAAUUCUUUUGUGCUCCUACUUACUGGCAAUUUCAGUAACAUCUCUUGCCCGCGUACUAGCCAUUGUGGGUGCCACUGGCUCUACCUCUAUUUCCUUCAUCCUGCCGGGUGUGUUCGGAUACCAGCUCAUCGGAUCUGAAUACAAAAACGAACCUAUGCCAGUCAAAACGAAGAUAAUCAAAUAUGCAGCAUUACUGUUAACUUGCUGGGGGUUCUGCGUACUGGUAACAUGCCUUUCUGCCACUCUCUUCUAUGGAGCAGGUCAUUAA